AUGAAGGACUGUGCCCACUCGGUUCUGCAACGCAACCGAGGCCUGGACUUUCGCCAGAUCAUCCGAAGAGAGCCCCAGCCUGAGCAGCUCUCGCACGAUCAG